AUGUCCACGCUGCCAGAGUUGCCAGAAGGCUCCAGCUGUGGCCCAGAGGACCAGACAGCGGAGCUCAGAAAGCUGCUCAUGCAGACGCAGCAGAAGCUGAAACACAGCCAGGACAUGUUGCGCCAAACGGAUCGCGAAGCCAGGUCAGCGUCACGGCUAAAGAAGCAGGUGGAGGCAUGUGAGGGGAAGCUGCAUGAAGCUGCCUCCGGGCAGGCGCACCAAGCACAGGAGCUAUCCCAGAAGCUGCACCAGGCGGAGCAGGCGCUGAGGACAGCCCAUGCGCGGCUGAAGGACAGGGACCGAGGCUCCCACCUCCUGGAGGAGAGCGCUGCAGCAGCCGAGGCGCGCGCGAAGAGCCUGGAGGCAGACCUUGCCAGCGAAGCAGCUGCCCGGGCAGCCACCGCCGCCGCCGCAGAAGCUGCAGAGAAGGAGCUGGGCUCGGGGAAGAGUAAGUGGGAACGUGAGAGGCGGGUCAUGGCUGCCGAGGCAGCAGAGGCAGCCAAAGCUAGCGCAAAGAGGAUUGAGGAGCUGGAGGGAUUACUUGCCGAGUGCAGAGGCCGAGUUGCUGGCCUGGGAGAGGGGUGCGGCCGGUGCUGGCAGAUGCUGGACGAAGCUCAGGGUGAGGGGCGCUCUGCCAAGAUGCAUGCGGCCGGCAUUGCGACUGGCGUGUGCGGCAUUGUGGUGGCGGCGUGUUAUAUCUACAUCUUGAUCCAGAAACGUCAGAUAUUCCAUCUGAAGCUGGAGAGCGAGAAGUUGCGGUACGCUGUAGCUGAGGCGCAGGGCGGAGUAGUUCUGCAGAACGGUGCACAUAGCACUUCACCAGAAGGAGAGGCAAGCAAAGCCUCUGUUGACACAGCAACAAGCGAGGCAGAGACCAAUGAGGCCCUUGCAUCGGCAGAGGAUGUUGCAGUGCCCUCUGCCAAUGGACACGCAGCAAGUGUGCCAGGCGAUACUUUCGCUGAAAAGGCAGAGGUGGACCUGCCAAGCAUUCAGAGCCCAGCAAGCGCUCUGGCAGACACCCUAUCAGCCCUCAGCCUGGCCACACCUGCGGUGAAAGGCUACAAGGCCUCAAGAUUGCAAGCAGUCACGAAUGAGCUUGACAAUGUCCCAGAAACAGAAGCUCACGAGCCCGCAAGCGCCAAGGAAGGCGACUUAGCAGUGGGCCUGGUGUACGACAAGAUCAUGGAGGAGCAUGUUGGACCACCAAGUCAUGUCGAGAGGCCACAGCGCACAGCGGCGCUCGUGCAGAAGCUCAAAGCAGCUGGGCUCGCUGCCAGAUGCUGGACGCUGCCGCCACGGCAGGCAAGGGAUGAGGAGCUGGUGCUGGCACACACAGAGGCGCAUGUGCGGCACAUAGAUGGCCCACCCAAGGAGGACGAGUGGCAGAUCGGCGACAACUACUACACAGCUGCCACACCCAUCGCGGCCAGGACAGCAGCGGGUUGCACUGUGCAGGCUGUGGAGGCGGUUUGCAGCGGGCGGGUGCAGCGGGCGUUUGCGGUUGUGCGGCCGCCGGGGCACCAUGCGGAGUGUGCGCGCGCCAUGGGCUUCUGCUUCUACAACAACGUCGCCGUCGCUGCGCUGGCGGCGCGCAGGUUGGGAGUGAAAAAGGUGCUGGUGCUCGACUGGGACGUCCACCACGGGAACGGCAUAGAGGAGAUCCUGUACAACCGAGGCGAUGUCAUGUACAUCUCCCUGCACAGGGGCAACGGAUUUUACCCCGGCACUGGGGAUGUCCAGGAUGUGGGCAAGAAUGAGGGCAGGGGAUUCAACCUGAACAUCCCCUUCCCACGCGGCGGCUUCAACGAUGCUGACUACAUAGCUGCCUUUGACCUGGUGCUGGAGCCGGUGAUCCGUGCAUUUGCGCCGGACCUGAUCAUCGUGAGCGCGGGCUUUGAUGCGGUGCAAGGGGAUCCCCUGGGCGGCAUGAAUCUGACGCCGCAGGUGUACGGCCACAUGACCGACCGGCUCAGCCGCCUGGCCGCGGACGGCAAGCUCGUGCUAGCGCUGGAGGGAGGCUACAAUCUGCGCAUGACGGCCGAGUGCGGCGCCGAUUGCGUCAAGGUGCUGCUGGGUGAGAAACCAGUCCCAUUGGACAGCAGGGGGGCGUGGAGGCCUGCCAAGGAGACUGAGCAUGUGCUGGCAGAGGUGGCAGCUGCGCAUUCGCCCUUCUGGCCAGUGCUGGAUCCACUGUCCAGCCGGGAGGGCUUCAGCAGGGCGUGGAUAGACUACAUCCUAGGGAAGCAGGCCGAAGCUGCCCUGCAGCUGAGGCGGUCGCCGCGCGCAAGAGGUGUCCUAUAG